CACAGAACUCUUUCCAAUAUUCCCGCCGCACAGAACUCCCUCGCUCUGAGCCCUAAUUCCAUUCCCGCACAAACCUUCUUCGCUCUCAGCCUCUCCCCUUAAUUCCAUUCCAGCACAAACCUCUCGCUCUCAGCCCUCAUUCGAUGAGUUAAGGCUCAGCUCUCACUCACCCUCUGCGAGGGGAAAGAAGAUCUGUGUCGAGUCUGUUUGCAAGAUUCAGAUCGGUGGAGAGAAGAGCGUUUUGUAUCGAAGGUCUUCCUUUUCCUCAUCAUCUUCUCUAAUUUCUGGCAGAGGAUUGAACAUAUUUUGUGAUUGCAUUAUGGUGCAGCUUGCGUUGGGUUGCUUGCUUUUGGCCAGGCAAGGUACUGAAGGUAGUGCUUCUUCCUCUUCCUUUGAGCUUUCUCUAAUCGGACUAUUGCUUGGGUUCUGCCUAAUUCUGUGUUUGCUCGAUUUCUGGUUCUCCAGUGUUGCUGAUUCUCGGCUGAAAUAGGUUUUGUUUAUGCAAUUUGUUGAAUUUGAGAGAUAUGAGGCUUUUCAAUUCAUUUAUGUUGUUGCUUCUAUGUGAGAUUUGUUUUUGUUUUUUUUUUUUUUUUUUAAAUUUUGUUGCAUAUUUCAUUUAUUACUGCUGCUUCUCAUUCAACUGAUUUAGCCCUUCCAGCAGCUAUUCGAUGAGUUCAGCUAUUCGGAUUCCAAAUUUGAUUUAAAGGCUUUAUGAAUCUGGUUUGGCAUGAUUCAUUUGAUUUUCACUUGGCUUGUCUAAUUUCAAAUAUUUUGUCCAUCUGCACGUUACUGCUCUUACUGUUUGAUCUAGAAUAUGUUUUUUGCUAUCAAUUGUAUGCUUGACCUGUACUGUCUAGUUUCUCAUAAAUUUUCAGAAAAAUAAGAAACCACAGAUAAAGCUCCUCUUGAUCCCAGCACUGCUUUAGGUGGUUUCUCUGCGAAAAACUGUUCCGAGGCAUCAGCAUUUAUAAUAACUUAUCCUGUAAACAAUGCUAUUAAUAAAGAGGGGAAUGAAAUUGAAAGAGCAGUGGCAUUGGAGAAGGCCUUUAUUGAGCUGGCAAAGGAUGAGCUGUUGCAAAUGGUGCAAUCUAAAAACUUAACACUAUCUUUCUCAUCGGAGAGUUCCAUUGAAGAAGAACUUAAGAGUGAAAGCACUGCAGAUGUUAUUACAAUAUUGAUAAGCUAUCUUGUGAUGUUCGCUUAUAUUUCUCUUACUUUGGGUGACUCUCCUCGUUUGUCUUCCUUUUACAUUUCAUCGAAGGUAUUGCUAGGUCUCUCUGGAGUUGUUCUUGUCAUGCUAUCCGUUCUUGGAUCAGUGGGAUUUUUCAGUGCCAUUGGAGUUAAAUCUACCCUAAUUAUUAUGGAAGCUAGUCAUCCCAUUUCUUGUUCUAGCUGUGUUGCACAUUCAGGAAUAUCGGAUGAGAAAGUGGCUUACAGAGAAUUUGGCAAUUGGAUUUCCAUCAGAAGAAGGACAAUAGAAGACAGAAUGAUACAAGAAUAUAGGGCAAGCAGCAAGAUGAGGUUCUGGUAGUUUUGUUUGGAAUGAGUUUUGUUGAUUCAAUGGUAUGAGAAAGCCAAAUCCGCUUUCAUUACGCUAUUGGAAAAGAACGUAUGCACCCAGUGGGUAUCAUUCUCUUUGCAUCUGUUGCUGCAACUCUUGGACUACAAAUAUUGCUUAGAGUCUGCUUGAGAACUGAUCUCAAAGGUAAGCGAUCCAUCUCGGUUAAGUUUGAAAAUUUUACUUUUUUUUCUUUUGUGAAUUUAUUUUGGUGGCAUUUUGUUUUGGUUUUGAAUAAGGAGUAGUUUAGAGAGAAGUACAGAAACAUUCCACAACAAAUCAGUCUCUGCUGUAAGUGAAUCUCAUUUCCCAGAUCUGCAUGCUCAAUUCUUCUUGCUCAGAUUUUUUUUGGUUGCUUUGCAGAAAUGUUAGUGUUGGUCCAUAAAUAUGUCAAGUUGUUGGAACAUCCUAUAAUCAUUGAGCUACUGAUCACCUGGAACCAUGAAUGAAUUUAUUUCACAUUUCAGGGAUACAUACGAGACAGUGCAUUUGAUUCAUGACGUUGGGCUGCUCCAGGGAUAUACAUAUGAUACCAGCUUUUAAAAUAUUUAGAAGUACAACGAAUGUAUAAAACUUAGCAAGUACAAAAACCCACAGCAUCGCGCGGGAGUGACUAACUAGUUACUUGCUAGAUUGAGGUUACUUUUGGUUAGAAUUGCUGGAUUUGAUCAUAUCUGGAUAUGGAUAUGUACUUUUAGAAAUGUUUUGGAUUGGCAAUGUAAGAACAGAUGGCAUUGAUAUAUGACAAUGUUUUAUUUUGGAUUUGUUCGGGA